CUCAUUAUCCUCAUCACAAAUUAUACUUUUUUUGAAAGAAGACAUUCCUUUCAAAACAAAUAUGAUAGAAUGUGAGGUGUGGGUUACUGAGCAUGCAAAAGAACAAAUAUUGAAGAAAGAAGAAGAGAAGGGAGUUGAGUUUGCUACGUUGCUCAUAGGUGUUGUUAGCAAUACAAAACCAGUGAUUACUGACUCUGUAUCAAGUAGUCACUUAACGUCUGCUUUUCUUGUGGAUUGUUGCGAUUCUAGCUGCGUUGCUCCUAUUUUGAAUUUUGAAAGUAAACUCGCUUGUGGUAAGAGAAUUGUGGGUAUCUAUACAUCUUGCGGAAUUCAAGAAAAGCGAAUUAGGAGAAUAUUGAGCUUUUUGAAUAGGAGCUGGCUUGUUCAUCUCCGAUCAGGUUUCUUACCUCCUUUGGUUUUAAAAUCGGAUUUCCACACGAUGGUGAAUCUUUCGAUUCCGUUUCCGAUCGUUUAUUGUGCAAUUGAAAGGGAAGCAGAAGAAGAUUUUGUGGACACGUUUUGUGAAUCUUUGAGAAGUCGAUUAUUAUUGAAAAAUGAGUAUGGGAUUCUUUCUGGGAAUGCAGAGUGUUCUGGGACAAUUUCGUUUGUAUUGAAGCGAGCGAGUUUUGUUUGCGAUGAUUUGGUCCCGCUUUCUUUCAAUUUGGAUGUGUGUUAUGUGGAUGGCGAAAGUGUUGAGGAGGUAAAGACUGGGGUGAUUGAACGUGUGAAGGAUUUGUUCCACGAAACGAUGACGAUGAACUAUGGUUCUGGCUGUUCUUUGUGGAAGAAUGUGUAUUCCUGGGAGUGUUCGUAUCUCCAAAUUGAACCGAUCGAGAAUCUGGUUUAUGAGAUGAAUGACCCGAAGCGAAACCUUCUCUUUUGGAAGUUGAUGUUAGUUCUAUUCUGCUUGCUCGGUGUUUAUUUUGUGUUCUGGCUUCAAGGAGGAAGAAAGAGUUGGUAGGGCAGUUGGUUAUUGUGAUUUGCUUGUUUUUUUUGGAUCUCUGCUAAUUCACAAAUCUAUGUCACAUUGCGGAA